CCUCAUCAUCCCGAUCAUCUCUCUCCUCCUCCGGCACAGUCUGGCGCUCUCCUCGCCGCGCAGCUUUUCUAAUCCUUCUCCUCAAACUCUCGUCCGGACCAAGAAACUGCAACAUUCCUGAGGACAACCUUUUAUACGCCUCACGAACGUAUCAUUCCUCCAGACCAGAAGAAACAUUUGGAGAACACCUGGACAGCGUUACUUCCUGGUUAUAUAACUUUUCUUACACUUGAACGACUCCUUUACAUUCCAAAGACUUUGGCCCCGGACCUACAUCGAUUUUUGUCUUUUUUUCUUACCAAAGUCUUUUUUCUUAUUGUCAUAUUAUUCUAUAUAGACCAACAAAGCAGGACGCAGUAGCUCAUUUUAUUUUUUGCGCACAACCCAGAAACUGCAUUUUGCCCCCCCCCCCCCCACCCUCAACGUGUAGUCUUAAAUUUAGUAAGUAAACAGUCAACAAUGGCAGGUUUGAACUCUCUGGAUGCGGUGAAGAGGAAGAUUCAGUGUUUGCAGCAGCAGGCCGACGACGCAGAGGACCGAGCUCAGGUCCUACAGAGAGAGCUGGACAGUGAACGGGAGCACCGAGAGAAAGCGGAAGGUGAUGUAGCAGGUCUGAACCGUAGGAUCCAACUGGUGGAGGAGGAGUUGGACCGAGCCCAGGAGAGGCUGGCCACAGCACUGCAGAAACUGGAGGAGGCUGAGAAGGCCGCAGAUGAGAGCGAGAGAGGGAUGAAGGUUAUUGAGAACCGAGCGAGUAAGGACGAGGAGAAGAUGGAGAUUCAGGAGAUACAGCUGAAGGACGCUAAACACAUCGCCGAGGAGGCCGACCGUAAAUACGAGGAGGUUGCCCGUAAACUGGUGAUCCUGGAGGCAGAGCUGGAGAGAGCUGAGGAGAGGGCCGAACUCUCAGAAUGUAAAGCCGGGGACCUGGAGGAGGAGCUGAAAAAUGUGACCAACAACCUGAAGUCCUUAGAAGCCCAGUCUGAGAAGUACUCCGAAAAAGAAGACAAGUACGAAGAGGAGAUCAAAGUUCUGACUGACAAACUGAAGGAGGCUGAAACCCGUGCAGAGUUUGCAGAGAGGAGCGUGGCCAAACUGGAAAAGUCCAUUGAUGACCUGGAAGAGAAAUUAUCACAAGCCAAAGAGGAGAAUCUGGGCAUGCAUCAAGUCCUGGACCAGACCCUGCAGGAACUGAACAGCUUAUAAAAACACAGAGAGGAAGCUGGAGAGGAUGAGAUCGUCAUGUAACAUUCCUUUAAUGUUCGAUUCCAUUCCACAUUUCGACCUGUAAAAUCUUUAUUCCCAGUGUGAAGGGGGUUUAACUUAAUGCUUGUCCAUGAUUUUUUUUUUCUAAGGCACAACUUGGUUUCUUUUUUUAUGAUGGGAAGUAAUUUUGAUCCCAUUGCUUCUUUUUUAUCCCCAGCUGUGAUUGCAGAAAUUCUCCCCAGAAAUGAUUUUUGACCACUUAUUUAGAAAGAACCGGCAACUAACACACCCAAAGAAACCUCAGAUUAGGUCACUGCCUGAACUGGCUCAAUUUUACAUUUUAUGUGCACAUACAUACAUUAAGCCUCUGACUGAUUAUUUGAAUACAUAUGCUACAGAUGGUGUUGGGUUUUGCUGCGACUACAUUUGGGCUCUGAAGUGCCACCCAGUGGUGAUACGAUGUUAGUCAACAGUCUUGUUUUUCUGAUCAUGCUGUACCACCUUAAGAUGCUACAAGUUAACAGACAUUUGGCUUAUGUGUGCCUGUUUUAGCAGUAUGGUACUUAAUCUGGUUGUGUGAUGGGGAAAUGUACAGGUGACCUAAUGGAAAGCUUCAUUGAUAAAUAAACAGGUCAAGGCACAUGCUGCCCAGUCUCUCUGGGCCUCCCAACAUUUAAUUAGAAAAAGAAUGGCUCUUUUGCCAUUCCCCUAUUAUCCUGAGGCCUACAUGUUGAAGAUGCACGGAGUAUUCAUGUGCAUCAAAAGAUUUUUACUCUAUUUUGUUGUGUGGGAGUCUGUGCAGAACCUGAGAGCUGUGCAUGUACAGUAUCUAGCAGUGACCUUUCUUACCUGUACUACCUUUCCCUAAGCUAGACCUGACCGUUGACACAUUCAUCAUGAUUGCCAACAAUCUGCCAUAAUGUAGCCAAUAUUUACUAGAUUUACAAUAUAUUGUAUUACAUGUGCGAGCUAAACCCAAAACCACUUGAAGCUCAAGUCAAGCUUUUAUCAACCACGGAUACUUAUUGUAUAUAGUAGAAUAAUGUUAGGUAUUUGAGAAA